AUGGGUUGGUUUUGGGCCGAUUCGCAGCCGCAACCAUUGGCGCGCACUUACCCAGCAUCAUCUGAUGCAUCGCCCCCGCCAGGGUGCCCCAUGCAUGCGCCUGACUUGUCCUCUACGCCUCCAACUGCCGUUCCUGAAACUUCGAGCGCCUGUCCGGUCCGACCCUCAGAUUCGCCCUUUUUCGUUGCCCCAAAGUCUACAUCCUCCCCUCGACCGCCUCCUGCAACAGAGACAAGGCAGUCGACGCUGUCAAAACUUAACCCUCUAAACUAUAUGUUUGCGUCACUCUCUCAAGAGCGCGCCCCAAACCAGACUGUGGACUUAGGCGUGGAUCGCGAGGUCUCUUCCAUACCUAGAGGAGACUCGGACGGCAACUGGGAGUACCCCUCCCCACAGCAGAUGUACAAUGCGAUGUUGCGAAAAGGCCAUACAGACACACCUCAGGAUGCCGUGGAAGCUAUGGUUGCGGUCCACAACUUUUUGAAUGAAGGCGCCUGGGAUGAAAUUGUGGAUUGGGAACGCAUCUUUUCUAGAGGGUUGGCAAAUGGAUGGGAGAAGUGUCGAAGAGGAGAGGAAAAUAUCCCCUUGGAGCUGGCUAAGGAAGAGUACUACGGAACUGCAAAUUCAACUCCACCUCGUCUUGUGAAGUUCCAGGGUCGGCCACAAGAGCUCACACCGAAAGCGCAGAUUCUUCAGGCUCUGGGCCGGCUGUAUCCUGCAAAGUAUGGGACACCGCCUCCAUUUGACCGGCAUGACUGGUACGUGAUGCGCGAAACACCGCUAGGCCCUAGAGAAGUCCGCUAUGUGAUCGAUUACUACUCAGGUCCUCCAGAACCGACGGGAGAGCCUGUAUUCUACCUUGAUAUUCGCCCAGCAUUGGAUUCGCCCACCGCCGCUGUUGAACGACUAAUGAGAUGGGGCGGAGACAUUUGGUGGCGCGCCAGUGGAGGCGUUGUUCGAAACAACAACGCGAACUAA